CGACAGUCUUUCCUGAUGGCCUCCAUCAACCUGCAGGCGAGCAGGCCACGUCUCGCCGGCCACUGGCGCUCGGCUUCUCGUCGACUUUCAUGCAGAGCAUUUUCCACCUCGAUACUGGCCCAUGGUUUUUGCUUCUUCUGCACAAGUUGCAUCGGUUACUCAUAGCAGCGCUUGCUUGCAACAGUUGAACUGGCCUGGCCUGACCGGCAUCUGAGUGGUGUCGUUGAUCGGGCCGCCUGAGUCGCGUAUUGCCGUCUAACUGACUAAGAGCCCGUUAUCGGUCGUAUGGAGAUCUCGGGGUCAUGGGGCAAUGCCGUUUUGACUCUUGCCAUCCGAUCCGGGCAGGCCUUCGACCUUACCGUUACGGUGCACUUACCACUUUACGGAUUACCGCCUUCAACUACUACUAUACUAUGCAGUGCUGCUAUGAUCAAGACCGAGUGGGCUCUUCGGUUAUCAUUCGCAAUCGUAGUCCGCAUGGGACCACCAAAAACAAGAGUGCGGCAACGUCGUACUCGUUAGUCGCUUUAUUCCGGCUCGGUACUACUGAUUCGGCAGAUCGACGGCCCAUCGCGACGGAACGAGUACCAGAAAAAAAAAAAAAAAAAAAA